ACAUCGGCCUCUCGCAGAACAACCUGCGGGUGCACUACAAAGGUCAUGGAAAAACUCCAAAAGAUGCUGCUUCUGUUCGAGCUACACAUCCUAUACCUGCUGCCUGUGGCAUAUACUAUUUUGAAGUUAAAAUUGUCAGUAAGGGAAGAGAUGGUUACAUGGGAAUUGGGCUUUCGGCACAGGGUGUGAACAUGAACAGACUACCAGGUUGGGAUAAACAUUCAUAUGGUUACCAYGGAGAUGAUGGACAUUCAUUCUGUUCCUCUGGAACGGGACAACCUUACGGCCCAACGUUUACUACGGGUGAUGUCAUUGGUUGUUGUGUCAACCUUAUCAAUAACACCUGCUUCUACACAAAGAAUGGACACAGCCUGGGCAUCGCUUUCACAGAUUUACCGCCAAACUUGUACCCUACAGUAGGGCUUCAGACACCAGGAGAGGUUGUGGAUGCUAAUUUUGGACAACACCCAUUUGUAUUUGAUAUUGAAGACUAUAUGCGAGAGUGGAGAACCAAAAUUCAAGCACAGAUUGACAGAUUUCCAAUAGGAGAUCGGGAAGGAGAAUGGCAAACAAUGAUUCAGAAAAUGGUAUCAUCUUACUUAGUUCACCAUGGAUACUGUGCAACAGCAGAGGCAUUCGCCAGAUCCACAGACCAGACUGUGCUAGAAGAAUUAGCUUCCAUUAAGAACAGACAAAGAAUUCAGAAAUUGGUUUUAGCAGGAAGAAUGGGAGAAGCCAUUGAAACAACACAACAGUUGUAUCCAAGUUUACUAGAAAGAAAUCCUAAUCUCUUAUUUGCAUUAAAGGUGCGCCAGUUCAUAGAGAUGGUGAAUGGUACAGACAGUGAAGUGCGGUGUUUGGGAGGCCACAGUCCAAAAUCUCAAGAUAGUUACCCUGUUAGCCCACGGUCAUUCAGUAGUCCUAGCAUGAGUCCCAGCCAUGGAAUGAAUAUUCACAAUUUGGCAACAGGCAAAGGGAGCAACACACACUUUACUGGGUUUGAAAGUAGUUGCAGUAAUGGAGUAAUAUCAAAUAAAGCGCAUCAGUCUUACUGUCACAGUAAACACACGACCACCAGCCUGAAUGUACCAGAGCUCAACAACAUAAAUGUAUCAAGAUCACAGCAGGUUAACAGCUAUUCCAGCAAUGAUGUAGACAUGGAAACAGAUCACUACUCCAAUGGGGUUGCUGAGACUUCGUCCAAUGGCUUCCUAAAUGGUAGUUCUAAACAUGAUCACGAAAUGGAAGAAUGUGACACAGAAAUGGAAGUAGAUUCAAGUCAGUUAAGACGCCAGCUAUGUGGUGGCAGCCAAGCAGCCAUUGAAAGGAUGAUCCAUUUUGGAAGAGAAUUGCAAGCAAUGAGUGAGCAGCUAAGAAGAGAAUGUGGCAAAAACACAGUGAAUAAGAAAAUGCUCAAGGAUGCAUUCAGUUUACUUGCAUAUUCCGAUCCCUGGAGCAGCCCUGUUGGAAAUCAGCUUGACCCGAUACAAAGAGAACCAGUGUGCUCUGUACUGAAUAGUGCAAUACUAGAGACUCACAAUCUGCCAAAGCAACCGCCGCUUGCCCUUGCCAUGGGACAGGCGUCACAGUGUCUAGGAUUGAUGGCCCGGUCAGGAAUUGGAUCCUGUGCGUUCGCCACCGUGGAAGACUACCUACACUAGCUAUGCAUUUUGAAGGUCUGAAAGGUGUUGUGGCAUAUUCAACAUGGAAAGUAGACCAGCUCUGCUGACUGGAAUUUGGAAUUUUAAUUAUGUACUAAGGACGAGUCUGUCGCUUUAUGUUGCUUCCUAGUUUACAGCAUGAUGCAAAUGAUUUCUAACUUAGUGUUAGGAGAAAAUCUUUAAACCUCUUAGACAACUAAGAGUUGAAACUAUCACUGGUAACGUCAGACAUCCAAAUUGACAAGUACCAAUCCUUUGAACGAUUGUCCAAAACAAACCAAAAAUCCUGCUACCUUGUGGUGGGACGAAGAAUAGAAAACAUGGAUGUAUUAGCAUGUGGGUGAUAUAAACGUCAAGCAGGAUGACUUGCCAACCUCCACCCCCAUUGUUACAUAGUUCAAUCAGUGUAAUUUGCAAAAUGCAAAUGGUUUGGAUAUAUAGUGUUGAUGGGAAGAAAUGAUAUUUUUUAAUGUGUACUGUAAAACUUGAAUUACUCAGGAGCUGAGUGAAUAUGUUCGUUGCUACUUACAAUCCCAACCUGUUGAUCUUAGUAGUUUUUUUGUUUUAACAUGGUCUUUUCAACUUUGUUUCCUUGUUUAACUACAGACAGCUUCUGUUGUGUAGGCUCACCAGUUUAACUGUUGUAUUGUAACAGUAUUACAUGUCAACACAGUGUGGUUAUGACCUAUUUAUAUAAAAACCAAAUAUUUAGUCAA